CCUGAGACGCCAGCAGCAGCAGCAGCAGCAGCAGCAGUGAUAGGAGCCUGUGGGUGGGUGAGGAGGAGGAUAAUGUGAGGAGUGGAGGAGCGUGGGAGGAAGAGGACAGCAAGAAGGACACGGAGGCAAGGGAUACUCCAGCUUCGUCGCCCUGUUUUGCCCCCCCCCCCCCGAAGAAGAAGAGGAAGAUGCCCUGAGCAGCACCCAGGAGGAGGAGGAGGAGGAGGAUGGGGGAGGGCAGCACUGACUGAAGGCAAAGGGAGCAUCUUCUUCUUUGGGAAACAGCAGCGGCAGCACCAUGAUCAGCAUCUUCUGAAGGACGGCUGCUGGGAGGAGGAAAACAGCAGCAAGAAGAUGAAGAAGGAGCCCAUAAUAAUGUCGUGACAAUCUCAGCCACCCUCCUUGCCUUGCCUGCCUGCUUCCUCUUCUCCGCCAGACCAGGCACCGACAUGAUGGAGAGGAUUUGCUAGGAUUAUUAUUAGCCCAGCCUCCUCCUUCUCCUUCUCCUUCUCCUCCUUUAGCAGGGCGUGUUGAUUUAUACACGAAAAAGAGAGAAGGGGGAGGGGGGUAUUGUUGUUAUUAUUAUUACUACUACUACUUUCCUUAACAGCCGACCCCUCUACCCUCAAUACUAGGGGGUUAUUUUGUGUUAUUAUUUUUAUUUCUUUCCCCCUCAUCUUUACCAUUUGCCUCUCUGCUCCCGAUAUUAGGCAGGGUUUGUUAUAAUUAUUAUUCUUACUUAUUUCCUUCUCAUCCUUACCGCCUUCCUCUCUACUCCCAAUAUUAGGGAAGGUUAUUAUAAUUAUUCUUACUUACCCCACCAUCCUUACCUUUUACCCCUCGACUCCCAACAUUAGGGAGAGUUAUUAUUAUUAUUAUCUUUACUGUAUUUCUUUUCCCCUCCUCCUUAUCACUUACCUCUCUACUCCCAAUAUUAGGGAGGGUUAUUAUUAUUAUUUCUCUCCCCCUUUUCCUUACCAUUUGCCCCUCAACUCCCAAUAUCAGGGAGGGGUUUGUAAGGAAAUGAAGGCUUUGGGACUGUGUGGUGUUUUCCUGGCUGGCUGAAGAGCCUUGAAAGAAGAUUUCUUGGGAACAGAAAGGAGCUGUUUCUUCUUCUUCUUCUUCUUCUUCUUCUUCUUCCCCAGGAAGACAACCCCAAAGGAAGACCUCUUGUGGUGUUUUUUUUCUUUUCUUCUUACCCCUGUCCCCCAAAUAUAUACUUCUCCCCUCCCACCCCCUUCUGGGAGGAAUUGCCACUGAUGCAUUUUGCAAGGGGUGGGAGAGGAGGAGGCUGGGGAGGCGGAGGCGGCAAAGAUGGUGGAGGUGAAGAUGGUGGAGGUGGCGGAGGAGGAUAUUCUCCAGCACUAGACCUCCCAAAUCCUAUAGCUUUCCUUCCUUGCCCUCCCAGCUUCGAGGAUCUGUCUGCUGCUCAUUCCUUGGAUUGCUGAUGCAGACUGAAUUGGGGGGUGAUUUUACACUUUCAUGGUGCAGUAGGAUUCAUUUCGGGAUUAUGUUGCAUGUUCUGAAUUUCGAAUGAAGGAGGAGACCAUUAAAAAAUCUAUCUUAUCUAUAUCUAUCUAUCUAUCUAUAUAUAUAGGAGGGAAGAGUGGAUUCAGUCUUGGAUUGAAUUUUUUUAAUUAUUAUUAUUAUUAUUUAAAUGUAUAAAGUAUAUAUCUUCUUUCAAAUGUAUUAAAAAGAGAUUUUAGGCUUAUUAUUAUUAUUAUUAUUAUUAUUAUUCUCCUUUUAAUAUUGUGUAUAUAUUGUACAUGGCUGUGGAAGAACUGACCAAGAUAUAGUUCUCAGAAUGGGGAUUCUGGGAUGGAUUGUACUUUCAGGACCAUCGUCGGAGCACUGACUUUUUUUAGGAACUGUCCUUGUUCUCAUGCGUUAGGCUUUGGAAAUCUAACUAACCGUAAUAAUUGAGAGAGGAGGCCUGUUAAAAACUGAAGCAACCAUGUCUGGAGAAGUGCGCUUGAGACAGUUGGAGCAGUUUAUUUUGGAUGGACCAACUCAGACAAAUGGACAAUGCUUUAGUGUGGAAACCUUGCUGGAUAUACUGAUCUGCCUUUACGAUGAAUGUAAUAACUCGCCUUUGAGGAGAGAAAAGAAUAUUAUGGAAUAUCUAGAAUGGGCCAAGCCUUUUACUUCUAAAGUGAAACAGAUGCGGCUACAUAAGGAAGAUUUUGAAAUCUUGAAAGUGAUUGGCCGAGGAGCCUUUGGGGAGGUUGCAGUGGUGAAAUUGAAAAAUGCAGAUAAAGUAUUUGCUAUGAAAAUAUUAAAUAAAUGGGAGAUGCUGAAAAGAGCUGAGACAGCUUGUUUUCGAGAAGAGAGGGAUGUAUUAGUGAAUGGAGAUAACCAGUGGAUUACAACAUUGCACUAUGCCUUUCAGGAUGAAAACUAUUUAUACCUGGUUAUGGAUUAUUAUGUUGGCGGAGAUCUGCUUACCUUGCUUAGUAAGUUUGAAGACCGAUUACCUGAAGAAAUGGCUCGUUUUUAUUUAGCUGAAAUGGUGGUAGCAAUAGAUUCUGUACAUCAGCUACACUAUGUGCACAGGGACAUCAAGCCGGACAACAUCUUGAUGGAUAUGAAUGGACAUAUUCGGUUAGCAGAUUUUGGUUCCUGUCUGAAAUUGAUGGAAGAUGGAACGGUUCAAUCUUCAGUGGCAGUUGGAACACCAGACUACAUCUCUCCAGAAAUCUUGCAAGCCAUGGAAGAUGGGAAAGGGAAGUAUGGUCCUGAAUGUGACUGGUGGUCCCUAGGUGUCUGCAUGUAUGAAAUGCUGUAUGGAGAAACACCUUUUUAUGCAGAAUCUCUAGUGGAGACCUAUGGAAAGAUAAUGAACCAUAAAGUGAAAUCCACGCAAACAAUCCAGGCCUUGCAUUAUUCAACCGUAGAUGGUCCAUUAACAGCGAGCAAAGAUAUAGAAAUUAAAGGCCUAAAAGAGGAAAUUGAAAAGCUAAGAAAGCAGGUGACUGAUUCUGGACAACUAGAGCAGCAACUUGAAGAAGCCAGUUCUGCAAGACGAGAAUUAGAAGAUGCUGCCAGGCAAUUCAAAAAUUUUGAGAAGCAAAUCAAAGCACUAAAGCAAGAGAGGGAUGAUCUUAAUAAGGAACUGCUUGAAGCAAGUGAAAAAUUAAAGACUCAAACCAAAGAGCUGAAAGAUGCACACAGUCAGAGGAAACUGGCCAUGCAGGAAUUCUCUGAGAUGAAUGGACGACUUACUGACUUGCAUUCACAAAAACAGAAACUUACCCGUCAAGUCAGAGAUAAGGAAGAAGAAAUGGAAGUGGUGAUGCAAAAAGUGGAAAGCUUGAAGCAAGAGCUGCGUAGAACAGACAGAUUGAAAAAGGAACUGGAAGUUCAUGCCGAAGCUGCAGCUGCUGAGGCAUCGAAGGACAGGAAAUUGCGUGAGCGAAGUGAACAGUAUUCUAAACAGCUGGAAAAUGAGUUAGAAGGACUAAAGCAGAAGCAAAUUGGUCGCACCCCAGGGGUGAGCACCACAGAACAUCAGCAAGAGAUCACCAAAUUAAAAGCUGACUUGGAAAAGAAAAAUGUAUUUUAUGAAGAGGAGCUCUCUAAACGAGAAGUAAUACAUUCUAAUGAAAUAAAAAAUCUGAAGAAAGAACUGCGUGAUGCGGAGAGCCAACAGCUUGCCCUCAAGAAAGAGAUUCUAAUCUUGAAAGAUAAGCUAGAAAAGACAAGGAGAGAAAGUCAAAGUGAAAGAGAGGAGUUUGAAACAGAGUUCAGACAAAAAUAUGAACGGGAAAAAAUUCUGCUGACUGAAGAGAACAAAAAGCUUUCCAUUGAGCUUGAUAAGCUUACAGCCAUGUAUGAAAGGUUAAGCAUGAGUAACCGUCAACUGGAAGAAGAGAUGAGAGAUCUUGCUGACAAAAAAGAAUCUGUAGCACAUUGGGAAGCCCAGAUUACUGAGAUCAUCCAGUGGGUGAGUGACGAAAAGGAUGCUCGAGGCUAUCUUCAAGCCUUAGCCUCCAAAAUGACUGAAGAGCUGGAGGCCCUGAGAAACUCCAGUUUGGGUGCAAGAGCAACAGACAUGCCCUGGAAGAUGCGCCGCUUUGCAAAACUGGAUAUGUCUGCAAGGUUAGAGCUACAGUCAGCCCUUGAUGCUGAAAUACGAGCCAAACAGACCAUUCAAGAGGAGUUAAAUAAAGUUAAAGCUUCUAACAUUGCAACAGAAUGCAAACUACAGGAAUCAGACAAGAAGAACUCUGAACUGCUGUUAGAAAUAGAGAGAUUGAAAAAAGAGACGGAAGAACUCCGAUCAGAGAAGGGUGUAAAGCACCAAGACUCACAGAAUUCUUUCUUGGCAUUUUUGAAUGCGCCUGCCUCUGCUUUGGAUCAAUUUGAACGCUCUCCUUCCUGUAUUCCAGCUCAUAAAGGCAGACGUAUUGAUUCUGUUGAAAAUUUUACCUUAUCUAAUACGCCUUCACGGGAUGAAGAUAUCAAGUGUCACCUUCAUUCAAGAUCUAGGUCCCCUUCCACAGCUAGUGACAUUGAACCAAUUGAGGUUUCAGAUCACCCUUUGCGUCCAGUUCAUACACCAACCAUGAGAUCACCGUAUAUUGGUUCAGGACUCUCUGUGCCAAAGCCCAAGGCCCAUCAGUUUGUAGUGAAAUCCUUUAAUACCCCUACAAAAUGCAAUCAGUGCACAUCUUUGAUGGUUGGCUUAAUAAGACAGGGCUGUAUCUGUGAAGUGUGUGGCUUUUCCUGCCAUGUGACCUGUGCAGACAAGGCACCAGCAGUGUGUCCAAUCCCACCUGAACAGACAAAGGGUCCUCUGGGGAUUGACCCACAGAAAGGCAUAGGAACUGCUUAUGAAGGGCAUGUCCGAGUCCCUAAGCCAGCUGGGGUGAAGAAAGGCUGGCAGAGAGCGCUAGCUGUUGUCUGUGAUUUCAAACUUUUUCUAUACGAUAUAGCAGAAGGAAAAACAUCCCAGCCCAGCGUGGUAGUGAGUCAGGUUCUUGAUAUGAGAGAUGAAGAAUUCUCAGUGUGUUCUGUCUUGGCCUCUGAUGUCAUCCAUGCAAGUCGAAAAGAUAUUCCCUGUAUUUUUAGAGUUACAGCUUCCCAGCUGUCAGCAUCCAGUAACAAGUGCUCAAUCCUGAUCUUAGCUGACAGUGAGAAUGAAAAGAGCAAAUGGGUAGGAGUCCUGAAUGAAUUGCACAGGAUUUUAAAGAAGAACAAACUCAAAGAUCGCUCUGUCUAUUCUCCCAAAGAAGCCUAUGACAGCACUUUACCCCUCAUUAAAACCACACAGGCAGCAGCAAUCAUAGAUCAUGAAAGAAUAGCUCUGGGCAACGAAGAAGGGUUAUUUGUGGUUCAUGUCACCAAGGAUGAGAUAAUCCGUGUUGGUGACAACAAGAAAGUUCAUCAGAUUGAGUUUAUCCCAAAUGAACAGCUUAUUGCAGUGAUCUCAGGACGAAAUCGCCACGUGCGGCUGUUCCCAAUGACAGCCUUCGAUGGACGAGAAACUGAUUUUUAUAAACUGGCAGAGACAAAAGGUUGCCAGACCAUAGUUUCUGGACAAGUGCGCCAUGGAGCCCUUACUUGCCUGUGUGUGGCAAUGAAGAGACAGGUCCUUUGUUAUGAACUGAAUCACAGCAAAACGCGUCACAAAAAGAUUAAAGAGAUCCAAGUCGCUGGCAAUGUCCAGUGGAUGGCAAUCUUUAGUGAGCGGCUCUGUGUGGGCUAUCAGUCAGGAUUCUUAAAGUACCCUUUGCACGGAGAAGGAAACCCACAUAGUUUGCUUCAUCCAGAUGAUCACACACUGUCAUUCAUUGCACAGCAAACAACCGAUGCCAUCUGUGCAGUUGAAAUCUCAAAUAAGGAAUAUCUGCUGUGUUUUAGCAGCGUAGGAAUUUAUGUAGACUGCCAAGGUCGAAGGUCUAGGCAACAGGAAUUGAUGUGGCCUGCAACUCCUUCUUCUUCCUGUUACAAUGCACCAUACCUCUCAGUGUACAGUGAAAAUGCAGUUGAUAUAUUCGAUGUGAAUUCCAUGGAGUGGAUUCAGACUAUCCCCUUGAAGAAGGUACGCUCUUUGAACACAGAAGGAUCGCUAAAUGUCCUAGGUCUGGAAACAGUUAGAUUAAUAUAUUUCAAAACAAAAUGGCUGGUAGGUGAUGAGCUGGUGGUUCCUGAAACAUCAGAUAAUAGCCGGAAGCAAAUGGUCCGAAAUAUCAACAAUAAACGACGUUACUCAUUUAGAGUGCCUGAGGAGGAAAGGAUGCAACAGAGGAGGGAGAUGCUACGAGAUCCAGAAAUGAGAAAUAGAUUAAUUUCUAACCCAACUAACUUUAACCAUAUAGCACACAUGGGCCCAGGAGAUGGUAUACAGAUCCUCAAAGACCUGCCUAUGCCAAGCCCCCCUUCUCCAUCCCCUCAUCAUCACUCCUGUCUCAUCUCUUCUCCAAGCAACUUCGAACACAUCUAUCACAUGACUGUUAAUUCAGCUGAAAAUUUCCUCUCCCAUGAUUCUAUAAACCCUGCAUAUCCCCCAUCUCUACGCUGUCUCCCUCGUAUACCAGCCUUUAUGAAUCUAAGGAACCUUCGACCUCAGGAAAGCCGGACCAUGUUCAGUGGUUCUGUCAGUAUUCCAUCAAUCACAAAAUCCCGCACUGAACCAGGACGUUCCAUGAGUGCUAGCAGUGGUUUAGCAGCAAGAUCUUCUGCACAGAAUGGCAGUGCUUUGCGAAGGGAAUUCUCAGGAGGUAGCUAUGGAGCAAAGCGUCAGCCAAUGGCAUCCCCUUCAGAUGGCUCCUUGUCUUCUGGUGGUAUGGACCAAGGAAGUGAUGCACCAGCGAGGGACUAUGAGCGAGAGGACUCUGACUCUCCAAGGCAUUCGACAGCUUCUAACAGCUCCAACCUGAGCAGCCCUCCCAGCCCCACAUCUCCUCACAAGACCAAGAGCCUCUCCCUAGAGAGCUCUGACCAUGUGAGUUGGGACACUUGAACUGCUUCUGCUUUCAGAUUUGACAUCUCAGCAGCCUGUUGUCCCCUGACUCUCCAUUUUCUCUCACUGUUAUCGUCCCACAGCUUCCUCCAAAAACAAACUGUGGGAGGGAGGGGAGGAGGAGAAUAUUUUUGCCUUCUCUGGCACAUGAAGCAUAAACUCACCCUUCCUUCCUCCUCAUUCAGUAGUAACAGCAAUCAAGGAACACUGUGGUGGAGGGCAGUGUGGGCAGGUUGGUAUGCGAGAAAUAUUGGUAUAUUUGUAUUAGUAUCAAUUUUGUUGCAUAGGAUAACAGCUGCUUCUAUAUUAUGGACAUAUUCCACACCACACCACCACUUCAAAAAAAAAAUCCUAAACUAAACAACUCACAGUAGUGUAGACUGACCAAAACACAUUAUGUAAGAGAAAACCAGGUAGAUUUUGCUUUGACACACACACAGUAUCAUAUUAUAUUUUUCCAAGAGUAGCACAGCAACACCCCUCCAUUUCUGGCAAUGGGGCAAAAAUCACCCUGUGAGGGUAAAUACACAUGCUUUCAGCCAACCACUCUGUUUGAAUGUCAGUCUGAUUGUUGCCAGCAAAUCCAUAUUGAUUUUUUAAAAAAUGAUGCAUAUUUUACUACAGUACAGAGUUUAAGUAAAUACGUAAAAUUAAGAGUUAGUACGUAUGUAUAUAAUAAAAGAAAAAGCAGCAUUGUAAUGCAGCAGAAGUUGGGUUCCUAUUUAAGAGAUCCUUAAUUUAAGAACACUUUGUGUUGUUCCCUUUUUCAUUCUAAAGAAUCUACAGAUUGAGAGUUGAUUUAGGUAUAAAAUAUACAGUAUGGCACUGGAUAAAAGCAUAGAGCCUGGAGAAAGACUCCAUCCUCACAACGUGCUCUGUAACAUUUCCUUCCUCAUCAGUAGAACUAAAGCCAUAAUCCUCACUUUUAAAUUAUUUUCCUCUUGUCUGUAAUCUAGUUCAUUCUGGCAAGCAAAACCCACAAUUUACCAGUUUCAAGGAUGAUUUCGUUUGAAAUCCGUACUCAGCCCUGAGCAACAUAGCCAAAGUCAGUGCAAAUAGACCGGAAGAGUAGGAACUGGGCUUUAAAGCCAUUCUGGCCAUUUAGCAUGCCCAGUUCAAAAUCUACUAAUAUAAAUGCAGUGUAUGCAUGCAUUUAUAUUUGGUGGACUACUUAUAUCAGCCAAAUGCAAUCAACAGUAGUUCUAUAAUAGAACAUUUUAAAUAUCUAGCUAGUUGCUCUUGCCUGGAAAAGAAAUCUAUUGUUAGCCUUAUACUUUGCUAGAAUACUCAGUAGUUUAAGACUCUUAGUCUGGAGAUUUUCAUUACUGUUAUCUUCCCAUCUUAACCUGACCCAGUGUGUGUGCGUGUGUGCACGUAAUGUUAUUGCUGUUAAAUACUGUGAUGACUGAACCAGCAGAGGAACACUAGGCAGGGCAAAUCCUUUAUCUCUGGAUAGCAGACAUUAAAGACCAUCAUCACCUAAAUAAGUAGUGGCAACUGUGUCAUGCAAAUAGAGAGCAAAACCAAAAGUCAACUUUUUCAUCCCUUUCUUGAGCAAGAUGAGAGAGCAGUUUGCACUAGAUUAAUGUGUUUUUUUCCUUAAAAUUACUGUUGCCAUUGUGUGUGAUCAAGCUCAAGCUGAUGAAGAGUUAAAUGGUUAUGUUCUUAAAAUAUGGAAUAUUCUGUGGCAUUUGGUAACACUUCAUGGCUGCUAUCAAACCAUUCCAAGUCUUUCCAACCAGCAGCAAAUCAUUAAAACUAAUGGAAUUGCUCAAGUCCCCUCUAAAAAUCAACUACAAUCAUGCAAGGUACAGAUUAAUUAGAACUGUAAGAUACAGAUCAUUGUCUUUAAUCAUCCAGCUGUAUUCGUCUGCUAAUUGUUGAUUCUGUAUCUUUUCCUGCAUUGAGUGGGUUGCCAAAUCCAAAGCUCUCAUUUAGCUGUUUUAUAUUAAGGGGAACUGUUGCAGGUGGGGUGAACACAAACUGUUUCUAUUAAGUAUGGUGUCAUAAUUAUGUCUGUUAAAUUUUGCUUGUCACAAAUCUCAAAACUGAUGUGCAUUACUUGUCGCAGGUAUAUUCUAGAGUUUCAGCUUUGUAUUUCAUAACAACAGUUAUACCUGUUAGGCUCAUUUUGUGGCCUGCAGGCCUGUCAGAAGUUGUCAGGGCACAGAGAUUGACAUCCUCUGAAAUUCAUGGGCUAUGUCGCCUUCUCAGCAUUCACUACCAAACAAAAAGGUUCUCUUUAUCAAGGUGCUCCGCUUCCUUACUGUGAUGCUCCUCAUACCCACCCUCUCUUAAAUAUCCUUGUGAAGAAUGUAGCAUCAUAUUUCUAGCAUGUUGUAUGUAUUUCAUACACAGUGCUGUUUAAAUGUCAGCAUACUGGAGAUUCUUAAGGCCUGUGGCUCUCCAGAUGGCCUGAGUGGUUUUAUACUUCAAAAGGUAUCUCAGAAAUACUCAUCCAGUCCUGUGGUACAUCAUCUGUGUUUCAUCUGAGAGUUAAAACAAAAUCAGUGCCUGCAUUUCUUGCCAAAGCAUAGAUUCACAAGAGGUAAUUGGAGGGAAAAUAACAUCCUAAGGGUUCCAUUUUAUAUAAUGUUGAACCAUUUCACAAAUUAUUGGUAUGAUACCUUCAUCCUGGGAGGCACCAAACACUGUGUUAUGAUAUAAAUACUUGUUUCUGGCUGUGCCCAAUACAGAUGCUUUAAUACCUCUGAUACAUUUAACUGGUGAAUUUGAGACUUGCUGCAGUGCACUGCUCACAGUUUUCAUUCUUGUGAGUACAUUUCUUCAAGCAUUUUUAGAAUACCUUAACUGGAUCCUGACUGAUUUGGCUGGCAUCUCUUUGUGUACAUAGUUUAAAGCAAUGUUUUCCCUAAGUGAGAAGAUUUGCUUUGGAUUGGUUCAGCACCUCAUUAUCCCAUUAUUCUUGAGGCUUAAUAAAUUGGGUUUUGAUUGUUGAAUAUCUUCAGGCUAUACAGGUCUUGCCUCAGGCUCAGUUGUGCAUUUCUGUAGUGAGCAUACAUACAUGUCUUUAAUUUCCUGUUUCAAAGUACAUUCCUGUUUGUUUGUUUUUAAUGUCUGAAUAAUUUGGUUAGCUGGCUUCUUCUAAAGGUUGUUUUGUGUGAUAAUUGUUCUGUGUUCCUAACCAGCAUUUUUUUUAGAACAGGACUUUUGGUGUGGAGGAGUAUACAGUAGUUGACAUUUCUGUUAAACUCUCAGGUAUGUGAAAGUAGCAGGAUGUCUUCACAUGAUAAACAUGAAAUGCAAUAAUGUAUUUGGAGAACAAGAUUCAUCCCAGAUACAUCCUUGGCACAGAGCUUUUGAUCUGUAAGGAUGUGAGUUUGGUUGAUAAAUUGGAUUCAUGAUUAUAGUUUAUAACCUUGAAUGUGGAAAAACAACUGUGUUUUUUUUAGCCAAUGCGUUUAAAACAACAACCCAUCUACAGUACCUCAGUUUCUUUUUCUGGUCUGUCAUUAAGUCAGAGAGAAAUUGGAAACCCCAGAUCUGGCUUACAGGGACUUUCUUAGCCUUAGGAAAUUUCAACAUGGUGUGAAAAUUACCUCUGUACAACCUGGGUUCCAUAAAUGGAUGCCCUACUUGGAAACCUCAGGAAGUCCACAUGCCUUGCUUGGGGUGAAUGUCACUGAGAGGCUCAUGAUAAAUGUUGAGUCCAGUGGAAGUAGGCUCUGUGCCUGGAGGCUAAUAAGGGCACUAGCCUGUUUCAUUCCAAGAGCACCAUAACUCUCCACUUUUCCUGGAAGAUAGAUCCGUGUUUCUAACUCCUAACCUACAAGGGGGCCUUCAGAGAUCAGAUAUGCUGUAGAUUUUCAAGACCAUGUUGUGCAUUAGGGCAAUUCCACAUUACUUGUUACCCUAUCUUUCUUUAUGAAAUCUCUCACAUCCUGCAAAAGGAUUUGUCUCAGUCAUGAGGAAGCAAUCCACAACCAAAAACCAAUUUGGGUAUUUCACAGCAAUUACACCUGCCUUUUUAUGUAUGAUGGUUUCAUAUCAUUUAUUUUUUUUUAAAAAAAGGUAUUUUUAGGGAUUUUUUUUUCAUUGUAAUAUUAUUGUACAGUUUUGCAUGGCCUAGAUGUAAUCACUUUUUGUUUUGUUUUGUUUUAGAGUAUAAAAGCUGACAAGUGUGCGUGUGGGGAAGGAUUCUGUUGUUUGACUGUUCUCACUCUUCUCUUAUUUUUGAUUUAUGCCCUCAGUGUUGUAGGGGACAUUGUAAGAGAUUCUCUGCUCCAGAACAAUGAUGUAGAUUCUAUUGCACAGAAAUAUUUAAGGUGGAUCAGUCAAUGGUGUAAUAAAUGACAGGCCACCAAUAUUUUAUGUUGGUAACACAAUAUUAACCUACUUUGAUGUAUUGCAAUAAAACAGGGAACUAUUAGAAAUA